CCGUGCAGCGUUCUCUACAAGGCAUGGAAACUACUUUUGAACGCUCCCACAGCCACGUUCCGGCUUUGUAUCGGUUCCCGAAGUCAGGACCCUGGUCCUGGUCAGUCGCGACACUUUUGGUCGCCUCUUUUCUCGCGACACGGGCGUCUGCGACCAUCGGACUGCUACAACAAGUGGAAUAUGCUACUAACGUCGCGCGCGCCGUCAAAAUGGCGUCAGAGACACUCGGCGGGGCCGGCAGCAAUGGAGUGUUCAUAAAGACAAUGCACGGCCGAGGCUGUCUCGAUUCCGGCUGCUGUACAAUAGACUGGUCGCAACGGCUCCGAGUGAACUCCAACUGUCCCACAUGGGGCUGGCUCAAGUGGAGCUCCGACGGCCCGCUGAUCGUAAGCCACCGUCCGCUGUUCCGGGGCUGCCUGGAGUGCGAGAACGCCGAGCCGGGAUGCGUGGCCCACGUGUCCCGCUGCAGCGGUCGCCUCGACCAGCAGUGGCGGCUCAAGUUCGCCUCCAACUGGACCACGGCGUUCGGCGAGCCGGCGUUCGCCAUCGCGAGCUUCGACUCUCCAGAUCGCUGCCUCACGCUCGUCAACGGCGGCGGCGACGGCGACUUCUACGCGCUCCAAGAGUGCGCCACGCCUCGGCCUUCGGAAUGGCAGAGCUUUUACGUGGUGCGAAACCCCCUCGAGCGCUGACGAUUGCACUCGCAAGCACGUGUCACGCACUACAGUGCCGACUGCAAAUAAAGUCAUCACAUCUCCCCCUGCGCCAAAAACGAUCGAAUGCGCAGCCGAAAUAGAUUCUCAUUCGAAAUCCUCACCACGUUCGCACGCGCACGCGUCGCCGCAGUGUAUUUGCUGUCCACACUCGUGUGUCUUUGAAACGGCCUGCCUCGGCAGCGAUCUUUUUUUCGGCACAAUAAAUGCUGUUUGUAUUGGC